UAAGUCCAUUAGUUCCAUCUCUCUCUCUCACUCACAUGAAAAAUUGAGAAAUGGAAUGCAAUGAAGAUGAUGAACUCCAUGUAGCACCUUAUGCUUCCUUAACACAGCGCCUUCACUAUCAUUCUCCAACCCAGAAACCUAUCUUUACCUCAACAAACCUCUUGAACGUGGAAGCUGGUGAAGGCCAUAAUUUGAACCACAUGGAUCCACCUCAUUGUUUGCAUCAUACUCCAUUUUACUGCUCCCAAUUUCAGCUUCCUAGCAACAGCAACAACCCAAUUCAAAUCCCACUCCAUAAACCCUCUCCCAACAUAUCAUCAAACAACAACAACAACAACAAUUCUGACGAAGCAAAGGCUCUCCUUGAUGACAGAAAGAAGAAGAGGAUGUUCUCCAACAGAGAAUCCGCUCGAAGGUCGCGGAUGCGAAAGAAGCAACAAAUUGAAGUCCUGCAGUACCAUGUGGACAAUCUGCAGACAUUAAACCAUCAACUGUCCCAAAAGAUCAUUUACUUGUUGGAAUGUAACCAACAAAUCCACCAACAGAAUGCUCAGCUAAAAGAGAAAGUUUUCUCUCUUCAGGUAGCACUCUCUGACUUGUUGGCUACUUCUGGAAGUGCUGAGCAACCUCACCUCAUCCCUAAUGGCUUCCUAGCCGAGCCUUCGACUCGACCAAUUGCGAGUUCCAGAACAUAGCCAUUUUGAGUACCAUGUUGUGAGGUAGAGAUACAUACAUAUGUGCUCUAAGAAAACUUAUAAGCAUUUGAGUGUUGAAUUUGAAUCUGAUGUGGAGACAUUUUAGCCUGAAGCUGUGGUUGGCAUCAGUGAUGCAGUCAUAGAAAUUUAGCUCACAGGUAAGCAUUGAACAAGAAUAAG